UAUAAAUGCAGGUAAGAAACUCCCCAGUUCCAGAAUAAGGUGAGGGCUGUCUUAAUGAGGAAAUUUAACUAGGCAGAAUAUUGUUGUUUUUUUAUAGGAAGAAGAACAAACCACAGAUGGUGAUCAAGACACUGCUGAUGAAGAACAACAACAAGAGAAAGGUGGACAGAAGAGAAAAGCUGAAGAAGAAAAUGGAGAUGAUGAAGAUGAUGAUGAUGAGGAGGAAAAAUCUCCCGCCAAAAAGAUGAAGACCGAACCAGACCCAAACAGACCAGUGACAAUGUUUUGCGGUAACCUUGACCCUGAUCUUACAUCUGACACGCUGAGAGGUUUCUUUGAAAUGAAUGGCAUUGAUGUUACAAACCCAAGAAAAAUUGGCUUCAAAAGGUCACAUAAUAAUGUUUGUAGGUUUGGCUAUGUUGAUGUAAAGCCACAAGAUGUAGACAAAGCUCUUGAAUUGAAUGGGAAGGAGUUGAAUGGUGAACCAAUUACAAUAGAGAAGUCUAAACCUAGAACACAGGAAACUCAGAGUGGCGGUCGAGUACAGGGAGGAGAUUCCAAAACGUUGUUUGUGAAGGGAUUAAAGGAGGACAUCACAGAAGAGGAACUUCAGUCAUUUUUUGAAGAUCCUGAUGAAGGGAUCAACGUCACUGAAGUCCGGCUGCCCAAAAGCAGAGGAGGUGGCUCCAAGGGAUUUGGAUAUGUGGUGUUUGAUAAUGAAGAUGCCCUAGAGAAAGUAAUGAAAGAUAAACAGGAGACGGAACUUGAUGGUGAGAAAAUCUUCCUGGACUACACAGAUGAGAAGAGUAAACAUGGUGGAAAAGGCAAAGACAAAGAUUUUGGCCCAUCUAAGGUUUUGUUUGUGAGAAAUCUGUCAUUCCAAGUGUCAGAGGAUGAGCUGAAAGAAUUGUUUGAUGGGUGUGAAGCCUGCAGAAUACCACCUAAUGAAUAUGGGCAGUCUAAAGGGUUUGGUUUUGUCGAGUUCAAGUCCGUUGAAGAAGCUCAAGAGGCUAAGAAGGAUAAGGAUGGCUUGGAAAUAAAUGGCCGUGUUGUGCAGUUGGCAUUCGCUAAUGACAAACCAGGAGGUGCCGGUGGGGCUCGUACAGGUGGCGGCGGAGGUGGAGGUUAUGGUGGAGGAAGAGGAGGUAAUUGGGGCGGUGGUGGAGGUGGUGGUAGAUACGGUGGUAGAGGUGGCGGAGGCUGGGGUGGUGGUGGUGGUGGCGGCAACAGACGAGGUGGCGGAGGCUGGGGUGGUGGUGGCGGAGGUGGAUAUGGUGGUGGCCGCGGCGGGGGUGGAGGAUAUGGUGGAGGAGGUAGAGGCGGAGGAUUCCGUGGAGGACGAGGUGGUGGUGGUGGUUGGGGUCGCGGUGGUGGCGGCGGCGGGGGAGGAGGUGGAUUCAGGAAGAGGUGGUAGAGUCGAGCAUCGUCCACAUUCAUCAUCAUCGGUCAUUCAUCAUCAUCAUCCAUUAUUUUUAUCAUCAACAUUCUGAAGUGUUGUCAUAGUAUCAAUGUUGUCCAUUUUUCUGUAUUUUUUGUUAAAAAUCUAUCAUGUACAUUAUAUUUCAACACAAAAGAAAAGUUGAUAAAUUUACCUCUGUUCUGGCACGAACAUUUAUUUUAAGAUUCUGAUUAAGAAUAGACAAAAAAGUUCUACAUGGAAAAAAGAAACAUUAGGUUUUAAUGGAAUUACCACAGUCAUGCAAUAUUUAUAUACUUUUUAACUCUGUAAAUUUUAUUUAAUGUUUGAAAGUGAUUUUAUCACAGCAGCAACAAAACAUCAUCAUAAUCGAUAAGACUUGUUAGUAAUUUGAUCUAGAAAAUCACUUUUGUUUCAUGAUGAUUUUUGUAAGUACUAAACAUUUGUAAAAUUUGUCAAUAUGUUAUGAUUUUCAGAAUUUGUGAAAUAAUUAAAUUUACAGAAAUAUUAUUAUUGUUAAAAAAACAACAAAAAACAAACAAGAAUAGUUUUUCCAUAUUAACACAUUUAUUACAUUUUACUUCAGAAACAUGCUUUAUUAUUACUAGUAGAUAUGGUUUUUGACAUGAAAUUAUAUGGUACUGAAUUUAAACAUGUUAUUUCAGGCCAAAAAUUACUUUUGUCUCUGGUAAGAAAAAGAGCACAUGGUAUUAUUUUAUUAUAUUUUUAUUUGUAAACUGUCAGAAAUGAUAGGAAAAUGAAUUGAAUGAGGAAUAUGUUUCAGAGACAUACUGAUUCUGAAAAAUAUGGACAAAAAAAAAUGAUCAAGUGUGCAUUAAGGUAUCAGACAAUGACAUAUAUUUGCCUUAUUUACCUCAAGUCUUCACGCUGACCCAUAUUUUAAUCAUUGAUCAAAAACUUACUUGAAAAUUUUCAUAAAGUCAAAUUAUUCAAAUGUACUGUUGCAUUAAAUCUUAAAUUGUGUGACAUAGUUUUAUUAACAUCUUUUUUAUUCAAUAAAUAAUUGUAGUAUACAUA